AGAGAAAAGGCCAGGACGAGAAGGAAGAUCCAAGGAAAAAAGAGACGGCAUUGGCCAGGAAGCGAUCAGGAAAUGAGGAAGUGUGGAAGUUUUCUGCAAAAGUUUUCAAGCAGGCUCGUUUUUCUCACGCAUGCAAAAACCAACUGCAUGCAGAGACAAGAGCCGCGCCGAGACGACAGGCCUGGAACGCAUGCAAGGGCAAAGCAGCCGCCACAUGAAGACACCGUUGCUUUAUUUUUCACUUUUUUUCUUCUUUUCCGCUUCUUCCUGUCUUUGUUCUUCUCCUUUUCUGCUCUCCCGCCGCAGUAGAGCAAGUGCAAUGUCUCUCUGCUUUUCACUUGUCUCCUUUCAGCAGUCUGCGGUGUCUUCCUUUCGCCAACGCGCGCGCGCCCUUCUGCUGGCUCUGUUUUCCGUCCUGUCUCCGUCCCCUGUGGUGAUUUGUUCUUCGUCAAUUGCAUGCGCAUCUCUUCACGCUUGUCACUUCUUUCUCUAUCGAUCUCUUCCAGUCGUUCUCCCUGUCUCCUCCGCCUUUUUUUUCUGUCGCUGCGGCUCUCGACUGCUUGAAAACUUAGGAACUCGAAUGCAACGUCGUUUGCGAGAUACAAUACCGCGCUUUGUCAGAGAAUCCGCCUGUUCAUCGACUCGGUUCGACAGCUGGAAGACCUGGGCUUGAACGCUCUCCUUGCCGUCCCUCGGUCUCCGCUGCAUGCGUCCGGACUUUCCUUCCCUCUGUUUUGUCAGCGCUCGUUUCUUGCGUUCCCGCUUGUCCUUGCUUUGCUGCGAAGGUAUGUUCAGCGACCCCCGUCCUCUUCGUUAAAGUUUUUCUGUCAGACUGCUGUAAUUUCCGGCGAAAAAAUCGAAAGCUCACGUCGCUGUGGUUGCUGCAGAAGGCGCAUCGACAGCGGCCAUCCACGACGACCUGGGCAGAGGGAAGACAGAGAAGAAAAGAAGGAGAACAAACAGAUGCGGAGUCGAAGGGGACGAGGGCAAACAGGAGGACGCCCAAGCGUUCAUGAUACAAAACAGAGCGGAGAAAGAGGAGCAAAUGAGCAGGGAGCGUUGACGCUUCUAUGGAGAUCGGAGAUGCUGCUGGGGGAGGAGGAGGUGAAACAUGUUUCGAGUCUCACGAUGGAAGGCGAAGGCAAUCGAUUGCGAGGAAGUAUCAGCAGAGUGGUUCGCACUGCUGAGGCUCCCCUUUCGUAUCUCUCUCCUUGCUGCCCCGCAAGUCAGCUGCGAAAGGAAUCCAGAUUCUUCAUGGCUUCUUCCUCUUCCUCCCUGGCUUUAGACACGACAGUCCGCCAAGCCUCACCUCGCUUGGCGACUCACCUCACCAUUCCUAGAGUAUCUCUCGUCUCCGCGCUCGGGUGUACGUUCACCCGACGUGGUGUCUGCGCUCUUCUUCUCCUCACGCUGUCGGUUCUGCGCAUGUCGACGGUGUCUGGAGUCCCUCGCAAACCUGCUGCCGCUUUCUGUCCUUCUGCCACCAAGCUGUUGUCUGCCCCGCGCAUGCAGACGGCCUUUCUCCGAACGUCGCCGUCUUCUUCUCGCGCGUCGCAUCGAGGCCGACGCGUAGCUUUCCUCUCUUCCCUCCCCACCGUUUCGCUCGCAAAAACGCCUUCUGGACUGAGGCGUCAUGGAACAUCUCAGGCUGCCUUCUCGCCCUUCUCAGUACAUGCGGCGUCGUUCUCUCGCUCUGCCUCUCCAUCGUUCUCUCCAUUUGUGCUCUCAGCCGCAUCGAGAGAUUCUCGUUUCUCUCUGGGACCUCCUGUCCCCCCUGUGUCUCUCGGCGUUCCGUCCCCCCCUCGCUCUGCUGUCUUGGAGCCUGGUUCGGCGUCCGUUGCGAGCUCUCAGCUUUCAUCCCUUUGGUUGCUCGGCAGAACAGGCGAAGAAACAUUCUUCCACUCGCGAAAAGGUCCUGCAUGCAAAGAGACGGCUCUCUCUGCGCAGACACCCGGGCACCUUGGCGCCGACGAGGAAGGGCCGCUGCCCACCGUGACGCUGACGCAAGAGGACUUGGACUUUUAUCGGGAGUUGGGCGUUUCGCCCCAGGCACCGUGGUGGGAAGUUCAGCAGGCGUACGAGAUGAAGCACAGCGAAGUGGAGGACGAACGCACCUUGAAGAAGAUGGAAACUGCGUUUCUGCAGAUUUCUGGGAAACGAUUUAACAAAGACUUCCUCGAAAUCUGUCGGAGAUAUGAGCGCCAGCACCAGCCCCCGCCGUCGCGACUUUCCAAACUCUUCUCAUGGAUUUUCGGCCGCAAGCAACCUCCUGUCCACGACGUUGACUGGGACAGCGGCUUCCCGAGUGAAGAGGACCCGGCCUACAUGAGUCAGGUGGAUGCGCCCAGAGAAAUCAAGGAAAUCAUGAUGGGUCUGGGCGACAGAAGUGGUGUAUUUCGCGACAUUUCGAGGGAAGAUGACAAGCGGCAAGACGGCCUUUUGAGAAGGUUCGACCUCGCUAGGGUGUCAUCUACGGGAGGUUUCUUCGUUCCCUUGGCACUCGUUAGUUUAUCUUCAUCGAAGCUCAUUACGCCUGCGUUGACCACCGCCUUUGGCUUAGCCGCAAGCUACAUGGGAAAGAUCGACAGCAGUGCGAACCCACAAUCUGCGGGAGGCCAAAGGGGGUUUAGUCCGCCGACAUUGAAGACCCUGCUGUGGACUGGCGGGCUUCUUCUUUUGCAUGCAGUUCUUGGCGUUGCCGGUGCUUCGGCGCUGCUGACUGCGAUUGGUCGCCUGCCAUUGGGUUUGCGACCGGAGAGCGUCGUAGCUGCGAUGGUCAUUCUCCAGUGGUGGUUGAGUGCCGUGGCGUACCGCACUCACGAGCCGGUGGACGGAGACAAUUUCGACGAUGCAGAAGAUGAUUUUGAUGCCGACGAUUCGCGUCCAAAGGUUCAGGACGGCAGCGACGACGACGACGCCGGCGACGACGACCUCAGUGGUCCACUCGACGACUGACCGAGUGUACCUACACCCGGUGCGCAGCUGCGAAAGGAGUGGAGCGCGUCUGGAUGGCUGCUGGCAAGGAACGAGCGAGGGACAAGUAGAUGUAUAUAACGAGCGAAACGCCGUCACGACUCACGAUCAAUUGGUAUGGCAUAUUAAACCUGUCACAUAUUUGGCGCUCCAGCCGGGCGUUAGUCGUGGCAGGGACGGAUUAGAUGAAGUGGUGCGUGGAUGUGAGACAAGUGGUGACAGUUAUGGCAGAACGAUUCAGGUGCGGCUCUUGGGGUGAGCGUGACUCGCUGCGGGAGUGUUGUCUUUUCGCGGAAGAACGUCUCGGUGGCCCUUCGAGUAUUCUCGUGGUGUGCCACUACACCAUGUGGACGUCGUUUACUUUCUCCGUCUACUGAGGUGCAGCAUUCUACCUCGCUGGUCGUUCGUGGUCGGCACUACAAUUCUCGUGCAGGCAACUUUGGAACGCAUGCGAGCGGGGUCUGUAAUCCAGUCGGCAUCCACGCUUGCUGUACGGCAUUCAGUUCGGUUACUAGGGAGGCGUGUAUCUACUCGUGAGAACCCAAGGUACACCCAGUGUAUCAUUCGCCAUCUUGGCAUUUUGAACGGGGAUAGACAGUCUGC